AUGCUCAACUCCAAGUCGACGUGGGUCACCAUCGACGACGCCAAGGCCUCGUUUAACCUCUUUUGCUGCGUCUGCGGUAUCGGUUCGUUGGCCAUGCCUUCCAACUACGCCCGUGCUGGGCCCGUCUACGCAUCGGUUGCUCUGGGUUUCAUGAUCUUUUCCAACACGCUAGCGGCUAUCAAACUGUCCAAGGCGAUGCUGGCGGCUCCGUCGUCAGUCAAGACGUACGGUGAUCUCGGUGAGUGGUCUCUCGGCAAAUGGGGUCGCUUCUUCUCUGUCGUCUCGCAGAUGGGCGUGUGUGUCCUGGUGCCGAUUGCCUUCUUGAUCCUCGGAUCCACGCUGCUCGACGUUCUGUUCCCAGACGCCUUCAGUCAGACCUUCUGGAUCAUUUUCAUGGCUCUCAUGGUCACUCCGAUUUGCCUGAUUCCGACGUUGAAGGAGAGUGCUGGCAUGGCUUUCGCUGGUUGCAUGGGCACCAUUAUCGCUGACAUCGUGGCGGUGUCGCUGCUGCAGUACAACAUGCGCGGCCACGGCUCGAUACCCAAGCCGGAUGUGUCGCUCCACCAGGUGCUCACGUGCUUCGGUAACCUUGCUCUGGCCUAUGGUGCUUCGAUCGUCAUCCCCGAUCUUCAGCGUGAACACUCUCAACCCCAGCGUAUGCCGCGUGUGGUUUUUGUGACCAUGAUGGUCAUCUCCGCCUUCUUCUUCGCAGUUGCCAUUGCUGGCUACACCGCUGGCGGCUGUCAAUUGUCUGGUAACAUCUUGUAUUCCAUCGUGGACACCUCGAACCCAAUGGGUGAAGCUCCGCUUGGUUUCACUUCCAACCGCGGCGCUGUAGUGAUUGCAUACCUGUUCAUGCAGAUGCACAUUACCAUGGCCUUCUCGACGCUGAUGAUGCCUCCGUUCUACGUGGCGGAGCGUCUCAUUCUGGGCAUGCACCAGAAUACGCCCAUUGUGCGUUUCAACCCCGACGCCGACCAAGCUCAUAUCGAAGAGGACAUGGAGCUGCAGGAAAAGUUUUCGUACGUGCAAGCCUCGACGCCCAAGGACCUGGCUAACCGUCAAGUGUCGACCUCAAGUCUGUUGGACAAGUCUGAGGGUCGUAUCUCCCACAUCCGUGCGGCCAUCGAGUUCCCCGAGGAGAUCACGGAGGCGCAGCUCCGUGCCCCGUACGAGGGAGCCAAGAACAAGCUCCGGUACAUCGCACUGCGUCUGUGCGUCAUCGUCGUGCUGGUUAUCAUCGCUGUCGCCGCACAGGACAAGUUCCUUGAUCUUGAGGACUUCACGGGUGCUACGGCCCACACAGUCAACUGCAUGAUCAUGCCGAUUCUCAUCUAUAUGCGUAUCUUCUGGCGUAAGAUGUCGGUGCUGGACAAGGGCGUCUCGAUGCUGGUGAUGCUGGUGUGCGGUUGCGCUGGCUUCUACGUGAUGAUCCACGCCGCCCAGGAAUUGUUCUCACCCUCGGACGAUGAUACCGCCUUCCCAUACUGCGACGUUGAGUUCCAGAAUGAACCGUACUACGUCCGUAAUAACACCAACUAAGCUGCUCCAGGUUUUGUAGAAUUCAUGGAGAUAUUAGUAUACCAUAAUGAGAUAAGAGUCUCGCACACAAAAUGAACUCAAACAAGUAAAACAC